CCGUGUUUCUUGUGCUUUAUGUGGGGUGUCAUUGGCACCUCUUAAUCCAUGGGGGAGUGGGUAAUUGGAGCUUUCAUCAAUCUCUUCGGUAGCAUUGCCAUCAACUUUGGGACGAACCUCCUUAAAUUAGGUCAUAAUGAGAGAGAAAGGCAGUCCUUGCAAGAUAUGGAUGGUGCAAAUGGCAAGCUUCCUUUAAAACCUAUUAUACACUUCCACACGUGGAGAGUUGGUAAAUUCUUGUCUCAUGGCAUACUAUUUUUCUUCCUGGGGAAUUGCCUGAAUUUUAUUUCCUUUGGAUAUGCUGCCCAGUCACUUCUUGCAGCUUUGGGUUCAGUUCAGUUCGUCUCCAACAUCGCUUUCGCAUACUUUGUGUUGAACAAAAUGGUGACAGUCAAGGUUUUGGUUGCGACAGCAUUCAUAGUCCUUGGAAAUAUUUUUCUUGUUGCGUUUGGUAACCAUCAAUCACCUGUAUAUACACCAGAGCAAUUGGCUGAAAAAUACAGCAACAUCACAUUCCUUUUUUACUGUGUGAUUUUGGUGCUGAUUGUUGCCUUGCAUCAUGCAGUCUACAGGAGAGGAGAGCUUCUUAUUGCAGUUGCAGGACAGGAGCUGAGACCAUACUGGCAUAUGCUGCUUCCUUUUUCAUAUGCUAUAGUUUCAGGUGCUGUAGGCUCAUGCUCAGUGUUAUUUGCAAAAUCUCUGUCUAACUUGCUUAGACUGGCGAUGUCUAGCAGCUAUCAGUUGCACAGCUGGUUCACAUACUCAAUGCUUCUUCUGUUUCUCAGUACUGCUGGAUUCUGGAUGACAAGGUUGAAUGAAGGAUUGUCAUUGUUUGAUGCAAUUCUUAUCGUUCCCAUGUUUCAAAUUGCUUGGACAUUCUUUUCCAUUUGUACAGGAUUUGUUUACUUUCAGGAAUAUCAGGUAUUUGAUGCACUGAGGACAACAAUGUUCAUACUGGGAAUGACGGCCGUUUUUGUAGGGAUUUCUUUGCUGGCACCCGAUGAGUCAAGAGGCGGUGAAGUAAAAGAUAAUCCGUCCUUAGCAUCUGUGACAUCUUCAGGCGUCUCAAGUGAAGCGGACAGAUUGAUCGUGUCAUCUGGAGAUGGACACAGUAAAGAGAUGAGAUCGUUCAUGCAAGAAAUGACCUUCAGGAUUAUGGACAUAUUAGUGAGGGCGAAGAAUGCUUGCUCGGUUUCGCUAGGAUUCACAGACGAUUCGAUCAACGCAUCCGCCGUGCUCGUAAUGCCCAUGGUGUCUUCAAAGAUCACGGGCUUUAGAAGCACUGGUUUCGACCGGUCAAAGGUGCUUUCCAUGAAGAAUUUCGGGUGGAGCAGGAUCUCGCUCGACGAGGAGGGUGCGAAAAUGAUGGACACGGCCGUGGUGCUCCCAUAGAUUCUUUUUUCGACUGUUGUAGCAUAUCAUUGAUUCAAACAUCCACGAAGUAGGGAUUGUUUAGAUUACACGUUUAGGGCGUAUCCCUCUCGUUAUGUAUUAGCCUCUUCUUAUGGCUUUUCGGGGCGAGGAUGGGGGGGUUUAACGGAGGAGAGGAGACGGGCAUUGGCUGUAUAUCUUUGACUCACUUGAUAGAAAGGCGACUGGGCGUGGCUAUCUUGAAAACUUGCUGUAACUAAAGGAAGCGUAUCACGGUCAAGUUCAUUACUCAAUCUUCACUGACUCGUCUUGUUUCA